AACCUUCAACUUUCUAUCUAAGCAUUCCAUAAUUCGGGAGAAAAUAAUUUUCGUCGUCUUUCCAUCCCAGCAUUUUUUUCCUGAAUUUUGGAAUUCAUAGUUUUUCAACGUCUUCUCCAAUGGCCGGCCCUUAUCGAUCGAGGGAGGGAUUAAGCACCAGAUCCGCGGCAUUUGGUAGCAAUUCAGAUGAGAUUCAGGUGCGAAUCGAGCCCGAUUUCGAAGACGAGGUCACCGGUCUUCGUAAGCAAGUUCGACGAUUGCGUGAUGUAGCUCAAGACAUCGAGACAGAAGCUAAGUUUCAGAAUGAUUUCCUUAAUCAGCUGCAAAUGACGUUGAUCAAAGCACAAGCUGGGGUAAAAAACAACAUGAGGAGACUGAACAAGAGCAUCGUCUGGGAAGGAUCGAGCCAUGUGAUGCACGUCGUUCUUUUUGCUUUGGUAUUAUUUUUCGUUGUGUACUUUUUAGCCAAAAUAUCUCGAAGAUAAGGGUGUGAGCAAACUGUUGUGAGUUGUGACUAUGGCAAAGAUUGCUGUUGGUUAAUAGACAGGCAUAAUACACUGUGAGCAACUUAUUGUAAAUACUAUCUCACUUGGAAAUUUGUUUGCUAAGCUUGUGGUUUGACCCA